AUGACUGCACUCAGAAAUCUCUAUCGAACAAUAUUCCGGCACAAGCAAGCGGUAGUGUCGAAGCCACCUCCCAACUUCAUUCCGGCUCCGCAAGCAAGAAUCUUUCGUGAGCGCGCUUCGUUCUGUCUGCGAUACAUCGCCGCAGACCUCAUCGGAACUAUAGCUCUACAGUGUGCGAUCGAGUACGCACAGCCAGGCACAUCUAUACCGGCACUCAUCGAAGCCGGGAAGAGAAAUAUAGUGGAAAAGGCCGGAGAAAGAAUCGAGAACGUCCAGAAGUCUAUGCCACAGUUCGUCCACUCCGGACUGAGGAACAUAGAAGACAACUCCGAGAAAAGACUUGCGAACCUUGAGAAGCUUUCUCCAAGUGCCGGAAUGCAUGUCGACUUCGACUCAAGAGAAUCCAUCAAAUCCGCCGCUGCACUCAAGGCAAAAGACGUGAUGAGCUUCUACCAUGGGCAAGAGCCGGGUCACACCCCAGGCAUCCUCUCCGGCCCCGGGCCCGAACGUCACGACUACGUCUGGUGGGAAGCCGGCGCCCUGUGGGGCACGAUGGUCGAGUACUGGAAGUACACAGACGACAGCACCUACAACGACGUCGUGCAGGCCUCGCUGCUCUCCCAGAUCGGCCCGGACAGGAACUACAUGGAGCCCAACGUCACCGCCUUCAUCGGCAACGACGACCAGUCCUUCUGGGGCCUGUCGGCCAUGCUGGCCGCCGAGUCCAACUUCCAGAACCCGCCCCCGGCCGACCCGCAGUGGCUCGCCCUCGCGCAGGCCGUCUUCAACACGCAGACCGGCCCGGACCGCCGCGACGGCUCCUGCGGCGGCGGGCUGCGCUGGCAGGUCUUCGCGCUCAACGGCGGGUACAGCUACAAGAACGCCAUCUCCAACGGCCUCUACUUCAACCUCGCGGCGCGCCUGGCGCGGUAUACUGGCGACAGUUCCUACGCGCGCCACGCGGCCGAGACCUUUGACUGGAUGCUGCGAGUCGGGCUGGUCGACAGCGGCUCCUUCGAUGUCUUUGACGGCGCCCACGUCGAGCACGACUGCCGCGAUAUCAACCGCGCCCAGUUCAGCUACAACGCCGCCGUUCUGCUCCAGGGGGCGGCCUUCAUGUAUGACUUCACGGGCGGCGAGGCCGUUUGGGCCCAUCGGGUCGACGGCCUGCUUGGCAGCAUGCUGCGCACCUUCUUCGUCCCGCCCUUUGGGGACAGCGAGAGCGACGAGAGAAUCGCGUUCGAGCCCGCGUGUGAGGGCAGGGCGUCCAACGUCCCUGCAGACGGCUGUACCGGCGACAUGCUCGCGUUCAAGGGCUUCACCGCGCGCUGGAUGGCGGCCACCGCGCAAUUAUGUCCAUGGACAAGGGACAGCAUCACGGCCGUUCUGAGGUCGUCGGCCGAGGCGGCGGUGCGGCAGUGCAGCGGUGGGGCCAACGGGCGCAUGUGCGGAAUGCAUUGGUCGUCUGGCAGAUAUGACGGGACGGUCGGAGUGGGCCAGGAGAUGAACGUCCUGUCGGCGCUUAUGGUUCUGCUCGGUGACGAGCCGGCUGAUUCAUAUGGCAAGCGUGGUGACUGGCAAGGGGAGGUGGACAACGCCGCGCAGCCUCCGCGUGCGCCGCUGACGCACGACACGGGUGGCACGAGCGAGGGCGACCCGAACGCGGGGGGGAGUCUGAAGAGCAGCGAGGUGGAAUUCGAGCCCAUCACGGACGCAGAUGUGAAAUUGGCCGCAGGGGUCACCAGCGCGGUGAUAGUCUCCAUGUUCGUUAUCUUUGUCUUGAUGUGCUCCGAAUCGGCCCGGCCGCACAAAGACAACUAUAUUGAACUCAGCGACGUUGAACGCCGGCCUAGGGCCAAAACCGUCUUCGUGAGCGCGCCGAUUUACUGGGUGGACCUCGAAGAGAGGAGACCGAGCAGGAGGGCGAGUAAGCUCUGCAUAAGCACCGGCGGGCGACGGUUUACAGAGAAGACGGAGACUCUGUAUUCGGUGGUGACGAAGCUUCCGACAUCGAUCAUCACCGGCGCAUGA